AUGGACCCCUCCACCCCCUCCACCCCCUCUACCCCGUCCCCCUCUCCUCCCACCGAAGAAGAACUCCUCGAAAUUCAAAUGAAAGCCUGGCGCAAACAACAACACGAAGCCCUUAAACUCGAUUCCCGCAUUUCCAUUCCCUAUAGCGCCCGUCUCCCCCUCUGCACAUCCAUAUCAUUUUCCUGCGGCAUGGCACUCGGAAUCUCGCACGGUUCUCAAUCUGCCAGCUUGCGUUUUCGAGCCGAGAAUGCGCAUCGAUUACCUACCUCUCCUACUGGAUGGUACUUGUAUCACAAGAGUAAGAAUUAUAGCACGUCGCUUGGAGGGGUCAAAGAGGGGAUGAAGAUGGGUGGGAGAAUGGCUUUUUGGACGGCAGGAUUGUUGGCUAUUGAGGAUAUGUGUGAUAGGUGGAGGGGGAAGAAGGAUGUGCUUAAUACUGUGGUUGCGAGUUUGAGUGUGGCAGGGGGAUUUAGUUUAUGGAAUCGCUUCCCUAUAACAACAGCAGCUAGAAUAGCAAAAACAGGGUUAGCAUUCGGUAUAGGAUUUGGGUUGGUACAAGAUGUAGUUGGUUAUGCUAGAGGAAGAAGAUUAGGAUAUGUGGAUUUUAUAACAGGAGCUGGUAGGAGAAGAGGGGAAGAAAAAGAAGAAGAAGAAGAAGAAGACGGAUCGAGAGAUGAAAGGACAACAAUAUAA